CAACCAUUUUUACGACUUUUUAUAAAAACUAGCCAAUUAUUGCUAAUAAUAAAAUCGAGACACAUUCCUGAGAGUAUUUUGUACAUUUAUAUAGCUAAUAAGAAAAAGAAAAACAGUUAAUUUCUUGAUGAAAUUGUGCACGACCUCCUUGUUUUAUUUUGACCUGUUUGACAUACUGCAGCGACUCUCUUUGGUCAGAAAAGGAAAAUACUCCUUUGCAAUGUAAGCUUAUAUGAUUGAAGAUGACAAGAACCCGCAGACAGUAUUAARAAUAACAGUAAGAAUGCAAAUUACUAGCUCAACUAUUCUGCUUACACAAAAAUAAUGAUUAUGCCCGACUCUGUUUUUGUACAGUAAUCAAAACUCAUUUUGAUUAUCACGCGAAAUAAUUAAAUUUUUCUAAAGGCAAUAUGGGCUUCCUGUUUCCUAUACAACCGAGAAGGAUUGUUCACUUACGUAACAUGGCGGACGAUGGCGACUAAACGCGUGGUCAGGUUAUAAAUUUCAUUCAAAAUAACCUUUAAUGAAGGCUGCGAAAUACUUUAACUCAAAGUUCUUUAUUAGCUUGACRUAAUGGCUCAAUGCAGUGAAUUCCUUAUAGUUAGGAACUGUGGUUUCAAAACGAGGUUACUCCAAAGUAGAAGUCGACCUACGCACUCUAGUGCAACCUUAAGCGCUAUUACGUUCUCGAACGUUUCAUCCAGCAAAUUUCUACAGGAAAAAAACAGAGUGUGUACGAACUCCAUGCUCUCCUGCCCCAAUGGAUGGCUUUCUUGCCUCAGUGGACGUUCUUUAAAUACGGCAGCAGCAGGCGUGUACAAGUGGGGCAAGUGUUGUGGUACAGGUCUUAGGUUAUUUGGAACUUCCAGUAUUUCUUUUGUGGAGACUAGAGAUAAUGUGUCCAACAGUUCAAAGAAAGUAAAAUCGCAUAGUUCAUCAAGUAAAGCUAAAAAGAAAAAAUCUCAAAAGUUAAGUUCUAGAUCUCAAGAAAGAGCUGUGCCGUCAUCAAGAGUUAGUAGGCUGUUAAACUUUAGUGGGCUUGUUGCUAGUGUUGGGCUUGGGGCAUUAAAUGAAGUUACAAAACGACAACUUGGUUUAGAGGAUAAAGCUGAUGCCAUAGCAAAAAGAACUGGAAGUGCAAUUUUAACAGAGGCUAAUCUAGAAAAAAUAGUUAACACACUGUGUCGUAUGAGGGGAGCAGCCUUAAAACUUGGACAAAUGUUAAGCAUUCAAGAUAAUAACUUCAUUCCCCCUGAACUACAAAAAAUAUUUGAAAGAGUUCGAAACAGUGCAGACUUCAUGCCAAAGUGGCAGUUAGAGAAAGUUAUGAAAAGUCAAUUUGGAAAUGACUGGAGAAGCAAGCUUGCUGAAUUUGAUGAUAAGCCUUUUGCAGCUGCAUCUAUUGGUCAGGUACACAAAGGUGUGUUGCAUGAUGGAAGACAAGUUGCCAUUAAAAUACAGUACCCAGGGGUGGCAGAAAGYAUUAAUAGUGAUAUUGACAAUCUGAUGACAGUCCUCAAAAUAACAAAGCUGAUACCAGAGGAGUAUUUUGCUCAAGCAGCAAUGGAUGUGGCUAGAAGAGAGCUUGCGUGGGAGGUUGAUUAUCUCAGGGAAGCUGAGAACAGCAAACGAUUCAAGAAAUUAAUUGGACAGCACCCACAAUUCUAUGUGCCAGAGGUUAUUGAUGAGCUGACCUCCAAACAAGUACUAACAGCUGAACUUAUUGAAGGAACUCCACUAGAUAAAAUUGCAGAUGUUAAUCAAGRUGUUGUUAAUGAGGUUUGCAGAAACGUCCUGGAGCUUUGCCUCAAUGAGUUAUUUGUGUACAGAUUCAUGCAAACUGAUCCAAACUGGUCAAAUUUCUUUUAUAACUCAGAAACCAAAAAGAUAUAUUUGCUAGACUUUGGUGCAGCAAGAGAAUAUUCAAAACCAUUUGUUGACAACUAUAUCAAGAUUAUAAGAGGAAGUGCUAUUKCUGAUCGUCAAAUGGUGAUUGACAACUCAAUAGCUCUGUCAUUUCUUACAGGUUACGAAUCAAAGRUAAUGAUAAAUACUCACACAGAUGCAGUGAUGAUCCUUGGAGAGCCAUUCGCCACACSUGAACCGUUCGAUUUUGGUAGACAAGACACUUCACGUCGCAUCAUGGAUCUCAUUCCSAUCAUGCUCCGUCAUCGGCUUACGCCUCCUCCAGAAGAAGCGUACUCGUUGCAUCGUAAAAUGUCUGGUUCUUUUCUGUUGUGUGCCAAACUUGGAGCUGUAAUUGAGUGUAAAAGUUUAUUUGAUGAAAUAUGGAAUAAUUAUUAAGCUUAACAUUCAAGAUUAAGCUUGAUGGAAAAGAGGAUUUUCGUGGAAGCGGAAACUGAAGAAAUCUUUUUUCUGAAACGCUUUAUUACAAGAAAAAU